UCUCUAAACCCUUACCGGGUUGCACUGGAUAGAGUCGAACACUCGCUUCGCCGUGCCACCGCUCACCAGCGAAGAAGAGGGGCUAUGGCCAUGGCCGCCGCCUCCCCAUUCCUCCUCGUCCAACCACCAGCCCCCAAGCCCCAUCUUCCUUUCGGGCCUCUACGUCCCAGCCUCUUCCGGACCCGCCAUCUCCGCUGCUCGCCCAACGGCGCUGCGGUGCCGGAACCCCCUACUAAACCCACCCCACGCCGCGGCCGGAAGAAGGCCACGGAGACAGGCUCGUCGUCGCCGAAGCCGAAGGGUACGAGACGUAAGACCAAGAAGGUGGAACAGGGGUCAGAUUCUGAGGGCGCGGAGGAGCCGGCGAAGCGGACGAGCCGUCGGACCAGGAAGCCGAAGCAGGAGGAAGCCAAGCAGUCGCAGGAGCAGGCCCAGGCGAAGAGCCACGCAGCGGAGGAGCCUAAGAGAGAGGCCCCCGAGGAGGAUGUGGGGAGCGAUGGCGACGACGGGGUGGAUUUCCCGUACGACUGGCCGCCGCUGGUGUGCUGUUUCGGUGCGCCGCGGUGGGAGUUCGUGCCGACGGUGCGGGUGUCGGACCGGCAGAUGCACCCCGACCAGUACUCCUCGUGGCUGCACCUGCAGUGGGAGCCGCCCGAGUUCGCGCGCACGCCGGGGAGCGCCGCGAGCAACGUGGCCAUCGCGCUCACUCGGCUCGGCGGCCGCGCUGCGGUGCUCGGCAAGGUCGGCGACGACGACUUCGGCCACGAGCUUGUGUACCGCAUGAACCGUGAACGAGUGCAGACGCGCGCCAUCAAGUUUGACGACAGCGCGGACACGGCAGUCGCACGCAUGAAGGUGGGGUUCCGGGACCGGGAGGACGGCAUGGGGACAAGUCUUGUGGCCGAGACGGUGAAGAGCUCUGCCGAAGACUCACUUCUGGAGGACGAAAUCAAUGCCGAUGUGUUGAAAGAGGCCAGAAUGUUGCAUUUCAAUUCAGAAGUCUUGUUGACUCCCUCAAUGCACAACACACUCUUCAGAACCAUUGAGCUGUCUAAGAAAUUUGGAAGUAAAAUAUUCUUUGAUCUCAAUUUGCCAUUGCCUUUAUGGAGGUCAAGGGACGAGACAAAAGAGUUCAUAAACAGGGCAUGGAAUGAGGCUGAUAUUAUAGAGGUGUCAAGGGAUGAGCUGGAAUUCCUCCUUGAUCAGAAGUAUUAUGAAUAUAAACGAGCCACCCCACCUCAGUAUUAUUUGGAUGGGUUUCAUCUAACACGGAACUGGCCACAGUACUACCAUUAUACCCCUGAAGAAAUUGCUCCGAUUUGGCAUGAUAGGAUAAAACUCUUGCUGGUGACCUAUGGAACACUUCGCAUCCACUACUAUACACCCAAGUUUCAUGGCUGUGUGGUCGGGACAGAGGACGCACUCAUAACUCCAACCACAACUGACCGGACAGGUUCUGGGGAUGCUAUUGUUGCUGCUGCAAUUAGAAAGUUGAUAGCUUGUCCUGAGAUGUUUGAGGACCAGGAUACAUUGGAGCGGGGGCUAAGAUUUGCUGUUGCUGCUGGAAUCAUUUCACAAUGGACAAUUGGUGCCGUGCGAGGGUUCCCUACUGAGAGUGCUGCCCAGAACUUAAAGGAGCAAGUAUAUGUGCCUUCUAUGUGGUGAUGGGUGAACUAGUAAACCAUUUUUGACAAAGUGGGCGAAUUAUAUGGUACAAGCGUGAUUUGUGAGUGGUGCAACAGAAGUGAACUAGCAUACUUUUACCACAAGAGUUGACAGGUGCCAUAUGUCUACCAAUUUUUCCAGGUCUAUGGAUACUUUAAUUAGCGAGCAAAACGGAGCAAUACGCCACGCUUCAUAUUGUCCAAUCAAGAGAACUCUUUUUGCCAGUGUUUCUAGUCAUAGAAGCACUAUUGUAGCACUACGUGGGGAUAGGAUUGAUUGAUGUGAGACUCUCACUUUUUUUUCUCCUUUCUUUUUCCUUUUUGUAGACUGGAGAAUGCAGCAGUCGAAUUCUCUUUCCUAGAAGCUGAUAUAGAAAUUUUGUAGCUAAAGCAACACCAGGAAGUUUGUUCAUUUGCAGAAUCCAGCGUCUCUGCUGGUUUAUUUCUAUCUUGAAUCGCCAUUGCAAAUAGUAUUCCUGCUGUUUGUGAAUCCUAUUGUAAGUUUGAACCAACGAAACGAGUUUAUUCUGGCCCAUGAUUAUUUCACAUCA